GAAUCCUCAAGUUUUAGAAAAAUAAUUUAAUGUUUCAUUAUUAUUAUCAUUAUUAUUAUUAUUAUGUCGUUAAAUUACUUUUUGACACUUCCUUUUAUUAUUUUUUCCAAAGCGCUUGGCUGCUUCAAUGAAAAGCAUCUAACGCUAGGGGGCAACAGUGAGCUCUGAGACAUCCUAUCCGCACGUUCCACUCACCGAAGAAGAAGCUCCACCUUUUAAUUUUUAUUGCGUCACUUCCUGCCAAAAUAAAACAAACGAAUUUUCGGGUUUGUGCUAUCUUUUUAAUGUUUUGGUGAAUUUUUGCUCAUCUUUCUUUUUAGUAAAUCUCAUAUUUAGACAGUAGGUGUUCAUUAUCAGGUUGUGGAUAUGGAGCCGCCCAGUAAACCUGGCUCCAACCAGGUGGCUGACGUGGUUUUUGUCAUCGAAGGGACAGCAAACCUGGGACCAUACUUCGAAUCACUGAGGAAAAACUACAUCCUUCCAGCUAUUGAAUAUUUUAACGGAGGGCCGCCGGCUGAAACGGAUUUCGGUGGAGAUUAUGGAGGAACGCAGUAUGGUCUGGUGGUGUUCAACACGGUGGACUGCGCUCCUGAAUCUUACGUUCAGUGUCACGCACCGACCAGCUCCGCCUACGAGUUUGUUUCAUGGAUCGACAGCAUCCAGUUCAUGGGUGGUGGAGCAGAAAGCUGCAGCCUGAUUGCUGAAGGACUUUCUGUGGCUUUGCAGCUCUUUGACGACUUUAAAAAAAUGAGGGAGCAAAUAGGUCAAACACACAAGGUUUGUGUUCUUCUGUGUAAUUCUCCUCCAUAUCUGCUCCCUGCUGUGGAGAGCGUCAGCUACACCGGAUGCACAGCAGAGAGUCUGGCCAAAAUCAUCAGAGACAGAGGAAUCCACUUUUCUGUGGUGGCGCCUCGAAAGCUCCCCGCUCUGAGGUCUUUGUUUGAAAGAGCGUCUCCGCUGAACGGCGCGGUGGAGCCCCUCCCCGACUACAGCCAGGACCCCUUUCACAUGGUGCUCAUCCGAGGCAUCUCACUUCCUGUUUCUUCAGGUGGAGGACCGGUGCCGCUCAAGCCCGUCCUGCCCUCUCUGCCUGGCGGCCAGUCGGCUGUUGGAGCGUCGCAGGCCCCCCCACCCACAAACCCCAACCACAAUUUGCAGAUUCAACCCAGUUUUCCCAACACUCAGAUGGUUGCACAGAUGCGAUCACAAGUUUCUCAAGCGUCCGCCUCACAAAUGCACCAGAUGAAGAUGAAUCCGCCCAACCUGCCAGCCGGGGCCACACAGGCUGUGCCACCGAUGCCUCACCAGGUUCCCCCCAAUCAGCCGGUGCCGCCCUCGGGACAGCCGCCGCUCAGCCAGCAGCCUCAGGCGCAGCUGCAGCAGCAGCCGUCGGCCAACCAGCCCACGGCGCCGUCAGGGCAGCCCAACAUGGCUGCCGGUCAAGGAAACGCAAAUUCAAUCGUACAGCCCCCCAGCGUGGCGAACAAAGUGGUGGCGUGGACCGGCGUCCUGGAGUGGCAAGAGAAACCCAAAGCCUCGUCGAUGGAUUCAGCCACCAAACUGACCCGCUCUCUGCCGUGCCAAGUGCACGUUAACCAGGGAGAAAAUCUAAACACGGAGCAGUGGCCGCAGAAGCUCAUCAUGCAGCUGAUCCCUCAGCAGCUACUCACCACCUUAGGUCACCUGUUCAGAAACUCUCGGAUGGUUCAGUUUCUCUUCACGAACAAAGACCUGGACUCGCUCAGAGGCCUCUACCGCAUCAUGGCCAACGGUUUUGCGGGCUGCGUCCACUUCCCCCACACCACCUCCCCCUGUGAAGUCCGCGUGCUGAUGCUGCUCUACUCCUCCAAGAAGAAGAUCUUCAUGGGCCUCAUCCCCAACGACCAGAGCGGCUUCGUCAACGGCAUCCGGCAAGUCAUCACCAACCACAAGCAGGUCCAGCAGCACAGAGCGCAGCAAAUGGGGGCCUCAGGGGGCCCGAUGCAGCCCGGGCAAGUUCCCCCCAACCAGAACUUCCUUAACCGAGCCCCCGGCCCCAUCCCCGUUUCCCACGGUAACGUCCAGCCUCAGUCUGUGGUGGUGGGCAUGCCUCCUGUUAGUCAGGUCUCUAUUAUGGAGGAGCAGCAGAGACAGAACAACAUGAUGACCAUACGAACAGCCGGACCGACCAACCAGCAGUCGGCGGUUACUGGAGCCCCGCCCAACCAGGUGGCGCAGAACGCCCAGGCGCAGCCUCAGGGUCCCAUCCUUCGCCUCUCGAACCCGGGAGCCAACCCGCAGCUCCGCAGCCUCCUCCUGAGCCAGCAGCAGCCACAGCAGGGAGGGGUUCCUCACAUGCAAGGCAUGAUGGCCCACCAAGGUUUGGGACAACAGUUGGUCCACCAAGCACCAGGAGGGGGGGCUCCAAUGCAGGCCCAGUGGAGGCAGCCCAUGCCAGGUCAGAUGCUGAUGGCCGGCGGGCAGAGGGGACCCGUCCCGCAGACCGGGAUCCAGCAGGUCUCCAGCGCCAUGGAGGACGACCUCCUCAUGGAUCUGAUCUGACGGACUGCAGCUUCACGUUUGGACUUCUGCUCCGUUUCUGUCUUGGCUUAAACGUUCAUCAUGAAUCAUAAGUAGUUUCUCUUUUUUUCGCAGGAGCCUGAAGCGGUUGGAGUUAAUUAGGGGCAGACGAUGUGAGAAUUCAUGUAAAUGUUCAUACGGUCUGAAACUCCUCAUCCUUAUGUUUUUACAGCUGAAAAUGUACAGAUGUAUAUUUUUUUGUUAUCUUUGAACUUGUUUUGAGAAUAAAAUCUAGGAGUUUUGCUGGUUUA